UCGGCAGCAUCACCGCGGAGUCACCAGCGCUCAGAAACUCGGGAGAUAACUGAAGACAGCCUGUUUGUGACACCUGACGCCUCCUCCCACUGCAGACCAGGCCCCAAACCGUGGCACAAUGAAAGCGGCUGUUGUUUUUGUUCUGCUCUUCGCCACAGUUCUCUGCCGACCGGCGAGAAAGGUUUCUGACAGCAGUUCGGACAGCUCUGAGGAAGUGGUGGGUAUCUCAGAGGACCGCGGGGGGGCGGUGGGGGGGGCUGACCGAAGGUGGCGGCAGCUGCGGGCGGCUCGGACGAGAGCGCCGAGGCCCCAGAGGGGGACAAAAAGAGGCCCCCCCCCCCCCCCCCCCAUAGAAACGCUCUGCUCUGAGGAGUUUCUGCUGCUCACCGGGGAGGCAGCAGCUCCCGUAGAGGUCAGCGCAGACCCGGAGCCCACCCCAGACACGGCCUCAGUGGACAGCCAGGACAGCCAGGAUGAGGACGACAAAGAGGAAGAGGAGACAGAGGAGGACGAAACUGAGGAGGAGGAAGAUGAUUCCAGCGACAGUUCGGACUCAGAGUCCGGGGAGUCGUCCACCGUCUCGGCCGUAACGGUCACUCCGGUGGUCGUCACCGAGGAGCCAGUGGCCGAAACCACCGAGGACCCCAUCCUGCCCACCAUCGUCACCGACCCGGACGGGGGCCGCGGGGACAGUCUGGGAGGCUACCCCAGCGACUACAAGUCCAUCAUCUACGUAGAAGAGAAGUCCUACCACAAGCACCCCGGGCCCUACAAGUCCUACGAGCUCCUCGGUCUCGGAAAGAAGGUGGCCUAUGACAUGGUGGACGGAAAUGAGGUGGAGAAGUCACCAAAAGCAUACAAGGUACAGGAGAUCUUUCUCCCCGUCUCCUCUGAACACCAGGCCUUCCAGGUGCACUCGGACCUUCUGGAGGAGGACACCAGCACCCCCGAGGUGGAGAGCCAGGGCCUGGACGCCUCCUCCGGCCUGUCCCAGGACCAGGACAUCAGCACCCGGCAGGCCCCGCCCCCAGAGGAGGAGGAGGGCGCCAGCGCCAGCGAAUCAGAGAGCAGCAGCGCCCCCGAGCAGGAGGGGGAGGAAGAGGAGGAGCAGGAGGAAGAGGAGCAGGAGGAGAGCGCCAGCAGCAGCGACAGCCAGGAGGCGGAGGCGGGGGGGAGCAGCGAGGAGGGCGGGGCCACGGCCACGCCCGGGGCCACGCCCGGGGCCAGCGACUCGGACGAGAGCGACAGCGCUGAGAGCGACUCGGCCGAGGAGGGGGGGGCCGGACCCGAGCCUGCCACCCAGGGGCCAGAGGUGGUCGCUGCCAAAUAA